CUGGAGCUGGUGGGAUAGAUCCGGAUAGACCACAGGGAGAAAGUGAUUUCACGUUGUUUUUAAUAAUUUUAUUGCGUGGGCAAACUGUAGUAAUGGAAUAUUGGAGUAUUUUUUUCUUCGAGGUGGAUACAAGGAUAACCCACAAAUAAAGGGACAUUUUACUACUGUAGUUUUACUGUAUGUGGAUCGACGCAGAUACCGGAAUGGCACAUUUGGGAGUAGCCUAACAAAUCAUAUUAACGCAUUUAAAGUGAGCAAACAUGCCGCUGCCGGAGUUGAUCACGGUCACGGAAUUUGUGGCUGAAACUAACGAGGACUACAAAGCGCCCACAACCUCGAAUUUCACCACUCGGAUGUCCCAUUGUCGGAACGCCGUGGCAGCAUUAGAAGAGGCUCUAGAUGUAGACAGAGGAGUACUUCACAAGAUCAAGAAGUCUGUCAAGGCCAUAAACAUCUCUGGCCUGGCCCACGUUGACAAUGAGGAGCAGUACAUUCAGUCUAUGGAGAAGUUCGGAGACAACUGUGUCUCUAGAGAGGAUCCGGAGGUGGGCUCAGCCUUACUCAAGUUCGCCAUCUUUACCAAAGAGCUCACAGCCCUCUUCAAGAACCUGUUGCAGAACAUGAACAACAUCAUCACCUUCCCCUUAGACAGUCUACUGAAAGGAGAUCUGAAAGGGGUCAAAGGGGAUCUUAAAAAGCCUUUUGAUAAAGCCUGGAAGGAUUAUGAAACUAAAGUCACUAAGAUAGAGAAGGAGAAGAAGGAGCAUGCUAAGCAGCAUGGGAUGAUACGGACAGAGUUCAGUGGAGGAGAGAUCGCUGAGGAGAUGGAGAAGGAGAGACGCCUCUUUCAGCUCCAGAUGUGUGAGUAUCUUCUCAAAGUGAAUGAAAUUAAAACAAAGAAGGGGGUCGAUUUUCUCCAGAACCUCAUCAAAUAUUUUCACGCCCAAUGCAACUUUUUCCAGGAUGGUCUGAACACAGUGAAUAGCCUCAAACCUUCCAUAGAGAAACUGGCUACAGACUUGACUAUAAUCAAACAGACCCAAGAUGGAGAGAGGAAACAGCUUAGUGAGCUCAGAGACGUUCUCAAGUCCUCCCUACAGUCUGAACAGAAAGAGGAGACCCAGGCCAAGCAGACAGGAUACAGCCUUCACCAGCUCCAGGGGAAUAAGGCCCACGGUACAGAACGCUGUGGAAUGCUGUACAAGAAGAGUGAGGGUCUCAGGAAGGUGUGGCAAAAGAGGAAGUGUUCGGUGAAGAACGGGUUCCUGACUAUCUCCCAUGGAACGGCUAACACACCACCAGCUAAACUCAACCUGCUAACCUGUCAAGUGAAGCGUAACCCGGAUGAGAAGAAAAGCUUUGAUCUCUUCUCACAUGACAGAACAUAUCACUUUCAAGCUGAGGAUGAGGCAGAGUGUCAGAUAUGGAUCUCAGUCCUGCAGAACAGUAAGGAGGAAGCCCUGAACGAUGCCUUCAAAGGAGACCAGGACGAGGGAGGGGAGAACAACAUAGUCCAGGAGCUGACCAAGGCCAUUGUCAGCGAGGUCGAGAGGAUGAGCGGCAACGAUGUGUGCUGCGACUGUGGAGCGCCCAAUCCCACCUGGCUCUCCACUAACCUGGGAGUGCUCAUCUGCAUCGAGUGUUCUGGAAUCCACAGGGAGAUGGGUGUCCACUACUCUAGAAUACAGUCUCUCACACUGGACGUCCUGGGAACCUCAGAGCUCCUGCUGGCUAAGAAUGUAGGGAACGCAGGUUUCAAUGAGAUCAUGGAGGCGGACCUGUCUGCACAGAGCGUGACUAAACCGAACCCCUCCAGUGACAUGCAGACGAGGAAGGACUACAUCACAGCCAAGUACACGGAGAAGCGUUUUGCUCAGAGGAAGUGUGCGGACGUGGCGUCCAGGCUGCAAGUCCUGUGUGAGGCAGUGAAGACCCGAGACAUCCUCUCUCUCAUCCAGGUCUAUGCUGAAGGAGUGGACCUGAUGGAGACCAUCCCGCUGGCCAAUGAGCAUGAACCGGGUGAGACAGCACUACACCUAGCAGUACGAAUGGUGGACCGCAACUCCCUCCAUAUUGUGGACUUCCUGGCCCAAAAUAGUGGCAACCUGGAGAAGCAGACAGCCAAAGGGAGCACGGCACUGCACUACUGCUGCCUGACCGACAACAGCGAGUGUCUCAAACUGCUACUGCGGGGCAGGGCCUCAGUCAGUAUUGCCAACGAGGCAGGAGAAACGCCAAUGGACAUCGCCAAGCGCCUCAAACAUACGCAGUGUGAGGAGCUGCUGACCCAGGCCGAGACGGGGAAGUUCAACGUCCAUGUGCAUGUGGAGUAUGAGUGGCGGCUCAGCAACGACGAUGACCUGGACGAGAGCGAAGAUGAGAUGGAGGACAAGCCCAUCCCCCACAGACGGUCAGAGCAGGAACGUCCUGUCAGCUGUUUCGUCCCGAGCAGUGGUCUCAUGGGUCCAAUGCCUGGUGGUCCCAACAUGGCCUCCCUGGCCCGCGACGCAGCCAGCCUGGCCAGAGACAAGCAGAGAGCCCAUCUCCCCAGCAUGAUGAUGAACAACGAGACCUAUGGCACAAUCCUGGAACUCAGCCCCCCUCCCUCCGGCGUGCCAGCGUUACCGGUGGUACCCAUCCCUCACCUUCCCCCCAGGACAGCCACCAAAGGUCCACGGUGGAAGCAGGCUCCUAUGGAGGUGGUGGGUAGACAGAGGUCCUCCUCAGACCCCCCAAACCCUCACACCCCAGACCCCAACAGCUCCAUGUAUGUGCUUCCUCCAACUGCUCCCCCUCCCCCUGUGAACAAGAGGACCAAUGUGAUGGAGCCUAGAGGCCAUAAGACUGGUCCUCUACCACCUUUACCUCCAGUAUUACCUGGGCCUCCAGUGCCAACGGUCAUCCCAGGAGGACCAGUCCUACCAACAGCACCCCCCUUCAAACCCACACAGCCCCCUCCUGUCCCCGCACACCCCUCUCCUGUCCCCGCACACCAUCCCAGCAGGAGAGCCACAGGGCCCAAGUCACCUAAAUCACCGACUAGUUCAGAUAAACCCACUCCUAAAGGACCUCCCACCAGGACUGCUGGACUAACUGAUGGACCAGUAAAGGCUGCACCUGUACCUGGCUCCCCUCACAGCUCUGGUCCCACCUCACCUCCAACACUGAAGCCCCGCGCCAACCACCCUAAACUGAAACCCAAGAGAGUGAAAGCCAUCUACAACUGUUCUGCUGAUAACUCAGAUGAGUUGACAUUCACAGAAGGAGAGGUGAUCGUAGUGGACGGAGAGGAGGACCCGGAGUGGUGGUUUGGACAUAUGGAGGGGGAGCCGACCAGGAGAGGGGUCUUCCCUGUGAAAUUUGUACACUUCAUCACUGACUGAUGCAUCUGAUGGUGUGACCGAAGCUGUCUCUCGCCUCUAGGCUGUUUUUAUCUAUGGCUGUAUCAGAAGAGGCUGGUGGGAGGAGCUAUAGGAGAGCAGACUCAUUGUAAUUGCUAGAAUGGAAUUGAUGGAACAGAGUCAAACAUGUGAUUUCCAUAUGUUUGAUACUGUUCCAUUUAUUCCAUUCCAGACAUUAUAAUAAACCCGUCCUCCUACAGCUCCUCCUACCAGCCUCCACUGGUCUUUAUUAUGUAUGUGAGACUGUGAGUGAAAAAGAUGUGGAAUGUGCACAGUGUGUGUGUGUGUAUGAUGUUAUUCUCAUGCAUCCAAACAUCAAAAGAAAAUGUCUGCUUCCCAAAUGGCACCCUAUUCCCUACAUAGUGCACAACUUUUGACCAGAGUCCUAUGGGUCCUGAUCAAAGGUAGGGAGGGCACAGUAUAGGGAAUAGGGGAUGUAUACUAUGUGACCUGCCAACAGAAUGUUCUACAAUUCUGGAAAAUGUGUGACAAACUAUGUAAGGACAUUAACCAGAUAAGAGGCAGGAGGAAACUGUUCCGCUGCCCAAGUGUUGAGAAACUUCACCUCAACAGUUUGUUGGGACAACUGGAAAUAACUGGAGAAAGAUUCUGGUUAGACUAUGGCUAGAAUUCAAUCCAAUCGCGCUUCGUCCACAAUGUGCAUUUUAAAGGCAAUGUUCCCUCGUUCGCGGAGACGACAUUCAUGGUAUACGCUGCACAUGUCGGCUUAAUCAAAGAUGACCUUUAAAUGGUGUGUUGUCCCUCAGAUCCAGUAAUGUGUAUUAUGUUAUCAACUCAGAUGGGUAUUGAAAGAGUAAACUGGUAAUGUAAUAAAAAACAUAUUGUACAGACAUUGAAAGUUUUCUACAUAUUACAUAGUCAUUAAACUGCUGUGAAUCACAAACACUUGCCACAGUGCAUGGUCAUCCCUGACCACUUCUGCUGAUGGGAAACUGAUAUGUUUGAUCCUAACAUCUAAUUUAUCAAGGAAGCAUUUGUGAAUAUAUAAUGCUAUGAAAAGGGUUACAGGGUAACUCUGUAUGUACAUUGUUGUAGCUGUACAAUCAUCUUCCCUCUUGUUCUUUACAAGGUCAUUAAAACUUGAAAUGGCU